AUGCCUCCAAAGAACUCGCGCGCUAAGCCUGUGGCUGAUGCUCCUGCUGGUGGUGGCGAUCCUGCAAGCAAAACAACGCCAAGCAAGGGAAAGGAGGUCAUUGACAACCUCCCGUCAGAAGCAGAGGUGACGGCUGGCAGCUCUGGACUCACCCUCGAAGAGAAGCUGAAGGCGCUUGCAAUGGUGGCCUCGGAUGAUACCUUCAUUGAAAACGAUUCGGAUGAGGAGCUCGACAUUGAUGCGACUAAGAGCUCUUACCCGCAUUUGCGCUUUACGGCGAUCCUGCUCUUCCCAGUUAUCCCCUCACGUGAAGUUGCUUCGGUCAUUCUGACUUCGCUGCUGUCGCACGUGGAGUUUGCUACGCACAUCAUGCCGGCGGACCCGAUCUCGGACAACAGCUUCGCGGUGAAGGUCGCCUUCAGGAUGGAUACACGGGUGAAGCUGGGCCCCGUGCUUUGGAAGUUGCCUGCAUACAUGAUCGGUCGGCCGGGGGUCAGAAAGAUUAUUGAAGCAGUGGAGAGGCAGGUGGCGUCAAAUGGGGAGAAUUUCGAGCUGCUGAUCUCGCGGCUUAACGCCGGUCUCAAAUCUUACGUGAAGGAGGAACGCAAGCGGGUUAAAGCCACGACGGCCCACCUCCAUGAAGCUGCCGCGGCGCUGAAACUGACGUGGAUGGGUGAUCCGGGGAACGACCGGCUGAAAGCUCUGCUGGAUGAGAAGGAGUCGCAGCUUCGCGGGUAUCAACUGGCAAGGCAGGAGAGGCAGCAUGUGAUGGCUGGCAUGAACGAGGCGGUGGCUGGGGAGAUUGCGUCCCCAUUCCUAUCAGGGAAGAUUAAGGCAAGACGGGAGAAAACACAGAUCAAGGAGCUGAGUGCUGGAGGCGUGACGAAUAAGGCCCCAUGGAGCGAUGGGUUGCCGAAGGAGCUGUUUGAAGAGCACUGGGACGUGCUGGGUAAGCACUUCAUGGCGCUGGUGGAGAGUUUCACCGAGUCGGCGGAGCUUCCUGCAAGCACAAAGAGCGCUGUUACUAUUCUGCUGCACAAAAAAGGCGGAAGAGAUGCGGUUGAAAACUAUCGCCCCAUCACGCUCCUGAGCUUCACUUACAAGGUGUUGGCGCGGGUAGUCGCAGACGGAAUGAAAGGUGUCUUGAACGAGGUAAUCUCACCAGAGCAGUACGAGUUCAUGCCGGGCCGGAGGCUCUCUGAUGCGGUGGGGCUGGUCGCUGACGUGAUCGAUGCUGCAAAGAAUGGGCAGGCGGACUAG